AUGGGUAAUAAUUCAUCUAAACCCGGCACCAAAAAUUACGGUGGAGCUCCAUUGCAACGUACAGAUACAUCUACAUCUGCGAAAUCCUCAAGAUCUUUAAGGAGUAAAUUAUCUUUAAAUAGUAUGAAUAACAAUAACAUCACCAAUAAUGAAUAUAACUCGAACAACAAUUCAAAUGAUCAUAAUCAAAAUCACCAGAGUGAAGGCAAAAACUCAGCUACGUCUACUUCUAGACCCAACAAUGAAGAAAAUGCUUCAAAAGUUUCUGAGUUAAGCAACAAUGAACCAAUUUCAAAUUCAAUAGCUCAGAAAAACCUCUCGGCCGAAACUAACCCCGAGAUACCGUCAUUUUCGAGAAACAAUAGCUCGUCUAAUAUAUACUCAACUUCAUUCAGCGACAAUAGUAAUUUACCACCUUCGAUGAUGCAAGUCCAACCAAAAGAGCCAAUUCUUAUCAGAAGAAAUACAAAUGAAACUCUUAAUACAUCCAUAAGUGUCUCCGGAUUAGAAUCGCCAAGUAUGAAUUCACCAUUAUCAACCUCAGCAAAUAACUCGAAUGGAAACAGCAUAUCAAGAACUUCAACCAAUCACUCCAUACCGUCUAUAAAUCAUCAUUUAUCUCCACAACCCACAAAUUUGUCUUCAGACAUAGACCCAACGGCUAAUGAUGAUGAGACAAAUAAUUCAAAACAAUAUUUACUGGCCCCAAAGUCACCAAACAUAUCUAUUAAUAACAAUGAUGAUACUAAAAGUAUUCAAAGUAGUAGGCAGUCACUGGCUGCUGAUUUGACAGAACUUUCAAAGACGACUUCAACUGUCAAUAAUCAUCUUCACAAACAGUCAACAACUUCUUCCUCUUUAGGUGGAGGUAGUAAUACCAUAGAUAUAGAGGAUUUAAUUCAAAGGCUACUAGACGCGGGUUAUAGCGGUAAAAGAACCAAAAAUGUUUGUUUAAAGAACACUGAGAUUCAAUUAAUAUGCUCUACGGCUAGAGAAAUUUUCUUAUCACAACCAUCCUUAUUGGAAUUAUCACCCCCAGUUAAAGUUGUAGGAGAUGUUCAUGGACAAUAUGGUGACUUAAUUCGAAUUUUUACGAAAUGUGGAUUCCCACCGCAGACUAACUAUUUAUUUCUUGGAGAUUAUGUUGACAGGGGUAAGCAAAGUUUGGAAACUAUAUUAUUAUUACUAUGUUAUAAAAUCAAAUAUCCAGAGAAUUUUUUUCUUUUAAGAGGAAAUCAUGAAUGUGCAAAUGUAACGCGAGUAUAUGGAUUUUAUGAUGAAUGCAAAAGAAGAUGUAAUAUCAAAACUUGGAAGUUAUUUAUAGAUACAUUUAAUACCUUACCUAUAGCAGCAAUAGUGGCGGGUAAAAUAUUUUGUGUUCACGGCGGAUUAUCACCAGUUUUAAAUUCCAUGGACGAGAUACGAAAUAUUGUAAGGCCGACUGAUGUUCCGGAUUUCGGACUACUUAAUGAUUUACUAUGGUCAGAUCCAGCUGAUACUAUAAAUGAAUGGGAAGAUAAUGAAAGGGGUGUAUCUUAUGUUUUUUCAAAAGUUGCCAUAAACAAAUUUUUAAGUAAAUUUGGGUUUGAUCUAGUUUGUAGAGCUCAUAUGGUUGUUGAAGAUGGAUAUGAAUUUUUCAAUGAUAGAACAUUGGUAACUGUUUUUUCAGCGCCAAAUUAUUGUGGUGAAUUCGAUAAUUGGGGAGCAGUGAUGAGUGUUUCUGAAGAAUUAUUAUGUUCUUUUGAAUUAUUAGACCCAUUAGAUAGUGUUGCAUUAAAACAAGUCAUGAAAAAGGGGAAACAAGAAAGAAAAACGGCUCAAACUUUACAAAGGAUUCAAUCAAGAUGA